GCAGCCUGCAGGGCGGAUGCUGAGUAGGCCAGUCUUGACCAGCCAGCAGGCUCAGCUGAAGGUAUAAGAGCCAGAGCAGGACUCUGUGCAGAAACCUCAGACUGACAAACUGCAGACAUGCUUCGAUUUUUCUUGUUAACAGUCCUCGCCGCCCUGGUGGUGGCUGAGUUGGAGCCCCAGCCCAGGUACCUGGAGGACAGUGUGGAGGGGAGAGUUGUGGGUGGUGAGGUGGCCAGACCCAACUCCUGGCCCUGGCAGGUCUCUCUCCAGUACCUGUCUGGCGGCUCCUACCACCACACCUGUGGAGGAAGUCUGAUCAAGAGAGGCUGGGUGAUGACUGCUGCUCACUGUGUUGAUCGCUCCAGAACCUGGCGUGUGAUCCUUGGAGAGCACGACCUGAAAAAUAACGAGGGUUCAGAGCAGAUCAUGACCGUCAGCAAGGUGCACAUUCACUCCAAGUGGAACUCCAACAACGUUGCUGGCGGGUGGGAUAUCGCUCUGCUGCGCUUGACUUCUGAUGCUACUCUCAACUCCCAGGUCCAGCUGGCCUCCCUGCCCCCCUCUGGACAGGUCCUGCCCCACAAGAACCCCUGUUACAUCACCGGCUGGGGACGCACUUCCACUGGAGGACCCAUUUCUAACCAGCUGAAGCAGGCCUACCUGCCCCUGAUCGACCACAAGACGUGCACCAGCAGUGGGUGGUGGGGCAGCACCGUCAAGACCUCCAUGGUCUGUGCUGGAGGUUCCAAGGAGGCUGGAUGCAACGGUGACUCUGGUGGACCCCUGAACUGCCAGUUGAACGGCCAGUACGCGGUGCACGGUAUUGCCAGCUUCGUCUCUGGGAUGGGCUGCAACGCCCACCAGAAGCCCACCGUGUUCACCCGCGUGUCCGACUACAUCAGCUGGAUGAACGGGAUAAACAUGUUUGUGUUUGGACUUCAACUUGUGUCAAAAUGUAGCUCAUGUCGAAUUAUGAAAUGAAAGGGAAAAAAACUGCCAAUGUUGUUUCCAAACAUCACAUUCUAGUGUCAAUAUCUCAGUUCAGUUCAAAGAAUAAUUAACAUUGUAUCAGUUAUUUCAGGUGGAAGUCAUAUCAAAGAUAUAAGAUGGGUCACUGAGAAACCAUGGAAACUGCAGUCCAAUUCUCCAGAUUCACAUUAUUAUACCAUACCUCUUUUAACUUCUCCAACUUAUGUGAGCACUAAAAGUCCUUGGACGUUGCCAAAAUGCAGUUAUCUGGUACUGUAUUCCAACACUC